AAUGGUCACGUGAGAAGACGUUCAACUGUGGUGGAAACGGAAGUGCACCGACAACAAGAGGCCGCGAAUUGUUAAAUUUAAAGACAACUAUUUGUAAAUCACCCUUUUGGGGAGCAAGACAAGGCGCUUGAGGUCGCGCUGCUCGCCGCCGGUUUCCUUACGAAGAGCCAAAAUGACGGCGUCGGUGUUUUUCGGCUGCACCUUCAUCGCCUUCGGCCCGGCCAUCGCUCUGUUCCUGUUUACCAUCGCCCGGGAGCCGCUGAGGGUCAUUUUCCUCAUAGCAGGAGCGUUUUUCUGGCUGGUGUCGCUGCUGCUGUCCUCUCUGGUUUGGUUCAUCUCGGUACAGAUCAGUAAUAAGGACAGUGUGGCGCAGCAGAAAGGUCUGCUCGUCUUCGGCGUGGUUCUCUCUGUCCUGCUGCAGGAAGCCUUCCGCUUCGCUUACUACAAGCUGCUGAAGAAAGCGAAUGAAGGCCUCCUCACUCUCAGUCAGGAGGAAACCAUGCCCAUCUCCAUACGCCAGCUGGCCUACGUGUCCGGCCUCGGCUUCGGCUUCAUGAGUGGAGCGUUCUCUGUGGUCAACAUCCUGGCUGACUCAGUGGGGCCGGGAACUGUCGGGAUCCACGGAGACUCACAGCACUACUUCCUGUCCUCGGCCUUCAUGACCAUGGCCAUCAUCCUGCUUCACAUGUUCUGGGGCGUCGUCUUCUUUGACGCCUGUGAGAAGCAGCGCUGGUGGGCGGUGGCUGCUGUCGUCAUCAGUCACCUAAUUGUGUCUUGUCUGACUUUCCAGAACCCGGAGUACGUCGCCAGCCUCGUUCCCACCUACGUCAUCCUGUUCCUGAUGGGCAUCUGGGCGUUUUACUCCGCCGGCGGCUCCCUGAGGAACCUCAAACUCUGCCUCACCUGCAAAGACAAGGACUUCCUGCUUGCCAACCACCGGCCCAGAUAACGCAGCACGCCGGGCAGCGUGCAGGACUCUAUCCAAAGAUCCCCGGGUUCACACACACACACACACACACACACACAUGCACACACACACGCAAACACUGAAUAGAAGGAAUGAGGAGUGUUAAACCUGUGUUAAUCUGCUGUUUGACCUAGGAGGUGUUUUAUCAUCUUAAGUCUAAAAACAUAAACGUAAAAGCAGUGGAAGUCUGUCAAAGGAGAGGAACAAAGCUCAGAGGCUCAGUUUGUUUGUAUGGAUUUAAUUUACAUGUAAUGAUAGGGUUUUAUUCAACAAUCCAAAAUAUCUCUAUUUGGCUAAUAGUGUCCCCUGUUUGUUGCCCAACACUACAAAAAAAUAUUUCAAGUCUCAGAGAGACCACGCUCUUUACAUUCUUCACUUCUUUCAAUGUUUUCAACUUUUCUGACAGCUGUCUUCUUUCCAACGUGUCAAACCUUUCUGGGGGUGGGUUCAUCAUUUUUGAAUAAAAAUCUUUGUGUAUAUAUUAAUGCAUUUUUGAAUUCCCUGAUGUGUAGAUAGUUAGAAAUUUUAACCUUUUUUCAAGUUGUGAUACACCAUCUUUAGUGUGUGUGUGUGAGAAGUUGCCUUUGACUCUAAAUGAACGCAGAUUUACAGGAGCUGAGAGGGGACAUGGCUGGUACUUAUUUAUUUCAACCCAGUUAUCCUGAGAUCAAGAAUCAGUUAUUUCUUUGGGACACAAAUUACACCAUCCUGACUUGUUGUGGUCAAUCAGUUUACUUCCAAACUGUUUUUCUGAGUCUAAAUCAAACAUCACAGCCAGUUAUUUGAAGGCUAAAUUCAUGAGCUGUUCAUAUCAACAAAUUAAAGUUUCCUUGCCUUUUGAUUCUUACUAUUGUUCUUCCUGUUAUCUCGAAGUUGAUCCAGGAUUCAGAUUCUGAUCCAUAAAAUGAUUUCUCUCUUGACUGUAAGAAAAUUCCAAGCAGUAAACGGUCUUAUCUUAACGUACUUGAGUUGAAUUAAAACUCUUAGCUUCCUUACAGAUUGGAGUACCUGUUUUUAUGUACUAUUUUGUUUUUCUCAUGCUCCUGCGUGCACAUAAACACAACACUUUAAACUCAUAAAUAAGAACAUAAUCAGGCUGAAGUGUUGGCUCAGUGAUCUUUGAAUGUUCGAUUUCUUUGUUGCCUUUUAAAAAUGUUUUAGUUGUUUGUGUGCAAGCGCAGGAGUUCAUGUGAACAGUGUCCAAUAUUUUAGUAAUUCCACACUAUGAAUGUUUUCCUUUGCACCUGAUUCUGUUUUGCUGUUGAACUCCAUGUACAGUUUGUAUAGACGACGGUCUGCCGUGGUUCAUGAGGAUGGGAUGGAUGUUAGCAACGAGUUAAAGAUGUAAAUUGUAA